AUGGAUACAGAGAUAGCGGAAUAUGGCAGCAUUGCCCGCCAGAACCGGGACCUUGCGAAGUGGCAUCGCAAUGCCGACUACUCUAUCGUGCACCCUCCAAGCAACAAGAUACCAUGGACUGGGACAGGACGCGUACCAGCAGGCCUGCGGGUGUUGGAAACUCGAACCGAAAAGUCCAAGAAAAGAAUAUCUGUGACGUGUGCUGCCAAAUAUUUGUCUUUCGCAAGCGAGGCAGACUUCCUCUCGUAUGUGCAAGUUGUUGUACCAGAUAUCGUUGGACCAGCCAAUUAUGUCUUAAACGGAUAUGGCGCGAGCUACAGGGAUAGUAUCGACGCGUAUUCUAAUACCCCAUACGCCUUGCAUCCUAAUACACAGAACCAAGAUCUCAUUGACCAUAUUCAGAGUCAAGUUCUGGGUGAUGUCAUUCAGCAGUCACAAACAUACUGGGGUACAAGCAGUUCUAACGACAAGCCGAAUUAUCUGCUUAGGUUCUUUCGUGAGAACGCUGCCGUGCGCGAAUGGCUCUCGACUUUGGCUACACUUCUUACCGAACCGAAGCUGAUCCCGACGUAUGUCCCGAUCAGUCCUGGAACUGUAUCCGAUUUUGACGACGAAUUUUGCGAAGAGUUAUUUAUACUUGCUCAUGCUGUGCAAAUCAUGCUCUUUGCUCCAGUCUAUUGGCGUGCGGAUGGAUCCUACAAGUCAACUGGUCGAUAUGCCCGCCGCUUCCCACUCAAGUUUCCCUCGCCAAACUCGGAUGAUGAGAAAGCGUUUGGUGAGUACACUCUCGAUGAUUUGUAUCGGGCUCUGAUUCUACAAGAAUUUCUUUUCAGUCAGACAUAUGACGAAAUGGAGGAGCGCCGAUACAAGAAUCUUCUCCGUACAAUUCCUCCUCAAGCUGAUGGUCAGUGGUUGGGAUAUUCCGUGGGCCGGUCUGAGCCCCCUUGGGUUAAAGAUAGCAAAGUUCCAGAAGCUGACCGCUCUUUCAUUAUGAGACUCCCAAGAGAACUACAAUUCCGGAUUGUUGAGCUUGCGAGCUCCCCUCAAGUCACACCAACCCUUUUAAAUCGACCCAUACCACGGCGAAGGUAUUCAAGAGUGCAGUCGACAUGGGAGGAUUCCAUGCUGGCACUCAAGUUGUCAUCACGAAUGACGUAUAAGUUGGCAAUCGCGGAGCAGAACGUCGAGGGAGUUGUCGGUCAGCAAGUUGCAUUUCGCAUGAACCUGGACAUUGACACGCUGCGGGUCUUCGACAUGAAUCUUCCAGAUUUUAUCACCACCAAUGGUCCAGCUACUCUUCCCGUACGAAAACUACUCUCGAUUUCGAAGGUAAUCCCCAAGAGCUGUGCCACUGACAGAGAUCCUAUGUGGCCAUUAGAAGACCCUGUCGGCGAAGCAUUAGACCUUGAGAAGCUCCCAAAGCUCGACGAGUUCUCUGUCAUAUUCCCCAGCGUAGCUGAGAGUUGGAUGAUAGAGGAUCUUCCACGCGUCAGACCUCAGACUGACGUAUCAGGUGCUGCUCAUACUGGUAUCAAAUGGCAAUUCAACACCGGUCUGUACCCAGUACCCCAAAAAGAAGGACAAUUCCAUGACAGUCACUUCAACGGCUCAGAGAAACCAUCCAUGCAUCCGAAUGAUCCUAUUCUCGACGAAGCCAUACCAUACGUGGGUAAAUGGGGAUACGAGCGCAGUCCGGGGGCUAUUGGGGGCUAUUGGGCCAGCUUCCAGUACUUUGAAGAGACCAGGGACGUAUAUUUUGCCCCUCUUUCAUGGAAGGAAGUCGAACCCCUUGUCAAGGGACCCUUUGGAGAGAAUGGCCGCGAAGCCCUUUACGAAGACCAUACGCCGAGGUUUGUGGCAAAGCUCCGAGUCAUCCGACAGGGAACCACUCCCCCAACUGGAUGGAUCAAAGUGGAACAAGUACACCCGGAGCACCCUAGCUGGAAACACCAAUUGUUGAACACAUGGAAGAGUGUGUGGUACACUUUGACUGGACGUAGGUCUCUUGACUAUUUGGAUGAUCUAUCUGAGCCUUGCCACUACUAUCUCCGUCAGACAUGA